UUAUUCUCACUCAGUGUCUCCUGUCGCAAAGCUGCAUUUCAGGGACUUUGAGCGCCUCAGUGGAAUUUUUACGAGUAAGGUGGACAAGGUCUCCUGCCUACAGGUCUGACCUGGGACUUUGUUACCUUUCUGUCUUCCCACGUUUAUUCAGACACCAGCUACCAAUGUGUCCAGUCCUGCUUUCAUCUGCUCUGCUCGAGCUCAGGCGCUGGUGGAAGCAGCUGAGGUUUCGCCAAGGCAAAAAAAAAGGCUGGAACGAGACACUGGACAACAUGUUUCUGCUCCAUACCAACCUAGUAGAAGAAAUCCCCCUGUUCUACGCAGCCGACAUGAACAGCGUUGGCAGCAUCAGGAGCCUGCUUUGCUGUGCAUCCACCAACGUCUUUGAGAGAGGUGCUUUCGGGGAAACGUCGCUCCACGUUGCAGUGAUGAAUGACAACCUGGAGGCUGCUGUGGCUCUGAUGGACGCGGCUCCUGAACUUGUGGACGAGCCGAUGACGUCGGAACUGUUCCAAGGACUGACUCCGCUCCACAUCGCUGUGAUCAACCAGAACCUCAGUCUGGUCCAACAUCUCAUCGACCGUGGUGCUGAUGUGAACAUGCCUCGGGCCACCGGCUUGUACUUCCAGAAGAGGAAAGGAGGACUCUUCUUCUAUGGUGAACACAUCUUGUCUUUUGCUGCAUGUACUGGGAACAAAGACAUCGUCUCCCUGUUAAUUGAUGCAGGAGCCAGCACCAGAGUCCAGGACCACAAAGGCAACACUUUGCUUCACGUCCUGGUUCUGCAGCCCAACCAGGAGACCGCCUGUCGCAUCAUGGACCUGAUUAUGGCCUGUGAUGCAGAGCUGGACCAGUCGGUGCCACUCGUCAUGGUUCCAAAUGUCCGAGGACUCACUCCUUUUAAACUGGCUGCCAAGAAGGGAAACGUUGCGGUGUUUCAGCACCUGGUUAACAGACGCCGUGUGUUCCAGUGCAGCCUGGGUCCCGUGACCUCUAAUCUCUACGAUCUGACAGAGAUAGAUUCAUGGGCCGACAACAAGUCUGUGCUGGAGGUGGUGGUGUGCAGUCGCCACAGAGAGGCCAGGAGGAUCCUGGAGGUGACGCCUGUGAAGCAGCUGAUCAGUCUGAAGUGGAACCUGUACGGAAAACACUACUUCAGGAUGCUGCUCUUGGUGUAUCUGCUCUACAUCUCCAUCUUCACAGCGUGUUGCAUGUUUCGCCCUCUGAAGCCGAUUCCUAAGGACUACCCAAGAGCAGACAACGACCAAACCGUCUACAUCCAGAAAAGCCUCAAAGAGAGCUAUGUGACGUAUGGAGACCACGUGCGGAUGGGGGGGGAGAUCAUCAGCGUGGUGGGAGCCGUAGCAAUGAUCCUGUUAGAGAUCCCAGACAUACUGAGGGUGGGAGCCAAGCGCUACUUCGGCCAGACGGCGCUGGGAGGCCCCUUCCACGUCAUCCUGAUCGUCUACGGAGGCUUGGUGGUCCUGCUGUGCGUGUUCAGACUGUGCCAGGUGCAACAGGAGAUGUCCGUCAUGGCCGUGUGCUUGGUUCUGGGCUGGUGCAACGUCUUGUUCUUCGCUCGGGGUUUUGAAAUGCUGGGUCCUUUGGUGAUUGUGGUGCAGAAGAUGUUAUUUGGAGAUAUACUAAAGUUUAUAUGUCUGAUGGCCAUUGUGCUGAUGGGUUUUGCUACUGCUGCAUGGAUGUUUGACAUGACUCAGAGUCCAGCAGGUUUACCUGAUUACAGCACUUACCCCAUAACCAUCUUCACCGAGUUUGAGGUUGACGUGCUCUUCAUAAACCUGCCGGUGGAUGAAACCAUCCUUUCACCUCCAAUCGCAUACAUUGUGAACGUUUCCUACAACGUGGUCGGUGCCUUCUUCAUGUUGAAUCUACUGGCAACUAUGAUGGGUGAUACACAGGACAAGGUGGAACGAGCAAGAGACGAGUUUUGGAGAACUCAGGUGGUGGCCACAGUUUUGAUGCUGGAGAGGAGGCUGCCACACUGGCUUCAGCCUCGACACGGGAACCAUGGGCCGAGCUACGGCCUCAAGGAGGCCUGGUACCUCAGGGUUGAGGACAGAAAUGACAACAUGAUGGAAAAGAUGAGACAGUACAUAGAGGCCUCCAGAGAGAACAGGUCUGAAAAGAAGGGACCGGAGAAGAAACCGUUGUCUGCCGGCGCCUCUGAAACUAAAUCUAGAAAGUACAGAAGGUUCAACAGCAGGGACACUUUGACCGGGUGGGAGACACUGGGAGACAAACAACCGACCAGUAGAGAAUCAGGCUUAUAAAUGUCACAUUUGUAAUGUUCAACCAGUUAUUCAGUUAAAACAUUUUCACUUUGUCUUGUAAGAAAACUGUUACAAAAAUCACAUCCAUAGUUGAUUUACACUUUUAUUAUUCAAUCCACUCCUAAAAGUUUCACUCAUAUUUAUGCUCAUUAGCUAAUCUCACCAAAAUAGUCAACUUUUUUUAAUUUUAUAAGCGACAGAGUCAAACAUUCAAGUACCCCCAGUGUCCUAAUUUCUCUGGUAUCAAGGCUGUAGAGACAAAGUAGCUGCAGUUUCUCUGUUUCCACUGGGCGCCAGGAACUACUGGAAUAAAUACAGGACAAUUCAUCGUGAUUAAACAUGUCUGUUUGUCAAUAGUGA